UUGCCUUUCAAAUAGUUAUGAUAUUGUAGUGAAUAUAUAUGGGCUAAUUAUCCUGAAAAAAAUGAACCUUUGAGCUGGACUGCAUGACCCCCCUUUCAAGUACUUACCAGUGAUUGUUGGUCUCCUGCAGGAUGCUGAUAAGCAAAGCAAAUGUAAACGAUCAUCUGCAGGACUCUCAGGCCCUCUCCGCACUAAAUUCUGGGAACCCAAAACCUAUGAAUACCUUGCUUCCCAUCUCUAAACAGCAAGAUCCCUUCAAAGUAGCCUCAUCCCGAGGAGACUUCGCACACAUUACCACCGAAAUCAUUCUCAAUCCUUCAAGAAGUUCCACACACAACUUCAGCUUUGUACCCACUCCAAAACUCAGUGAGCAACGACCCCAAUCCCAUCCUCUUCGGCAUUUCGUGGAUGACUGGCCUAAAAACCAGUCCGACUGCUCAACCAUCAUGUGGCCAGAUGUUGAGGAAAUGCAAUCUGACAGAGCCCAACUCUCCAUUUCAAUGCCUAUGGCUUCGUCAGGCUUCUCAUCGUCAUCCUCUUCUCCUAACCAGGAAAAGCUUACGCUUUCACCCCUUAAGUUAUCCCGGGAUUUCGAUCCCAUUCAUAUGGGUCUAGGAAUAGGAGGUGUUCUGAAUGAGGUGAAGCCAUAUUUGGCUAUGGUGUUCUUGCAGUUUGGGUAUGCUGGGAUGUUUGUCAUCUCAGUGGAGUCGCUCAAGCGCGGCAUGAAUCACUACGUGCUUGUGGUGUAUCGGAAUGCCAUUGCCGUGGCUGCCGUCGCUCCUUUUGCCAUGUGGUUUGAGAGGAAAGUGAGACCCAAGAUGACCCUCUCCAUCUUCCUCAAAACAAUGGCGCUGGCACUUCUUGAGCCUGUGCUUGACCAGAACUUCUACUACGUGGGGGCCAACUUAACCUCCGCAAGCUUCGCUUCCGCAUUGUUUAACAUCCUCCCUGCAAUCACCUUCCUACUGGCCAUUGUUCUAAGGAUUGAGACCAUGAAUCUAAGGCGGCGACGCAGCCAAGCAAAGCUUGUGGGAACUAUCGUUACAGUGGCAGGCGCUUUGCUCAUGAUAUUAUACAAAGGUCCAGUGUUAGAUUUUGUAUGGUCCAAAGGGCGAAGCCAUAAUACUGCGGUCGGUCAGAACGGCAGCAACUCGCUCAAGGGUACCCUCAUGCUACUGGGUGGUUGCUUCUGUUGCUCUAGUUUCUACAUCUUGCAAUCGAAUACACUAGAGUCAUACCCUGCCGAGCUCACCUUAACCACCUUGAUAUGCCUCAUGGGAGCACUGAUGAGUAGCCUGGUUGCUCUUGUGGCGGAACGGGGCAGUGCCAAGCCUUGGAUCAUCGGUUGGGACACGCGACUCCUCGCUGCUGCUUAUUCUGGGGUGCUUUGCUCUGGUGUCGCAUAUUACGUGCAAGGUAAAGUGAUGAAAGAGAGAGGGCCAGUCUUUGUCACUGCUUUCAACCCUCUUUGCAUGAUUGUAACAGCUGUCUUGGGCUCUAUCGUUCUAGCAGAGGAGAUCACUCUGGGAAGUGUUAUUGGUGCAGCUGUCAUAGUUAUUGGCCUCUACUCCCUUAUAUGGGGCAAGAGCAAGGAUCACUUGAAGCAGCACUCCGAGAGCAGUGAGAAGAAAGGAGAGUUCGAGUUGCCAACGGCUAUUGCCGAUGCUGGAAAAUCUGGUCGAACAACCAGGCCACUGCUGUGGAGAUCCCGGCUGCAUCAGAAAUCCUUGAGCUGUGAACCCAACCUUUCUCGGAAAAUAACAUGCUUUCCAUAUAUGCGUGGCUGUCUCUCUGUUUUUUUUGGAUUGAAAUAA